CGAGCGCGCUCGUGCACACGUGCCGCCCGGGCUGUUCGCCGGCGCCUCUUCUGCGGACGGAGGCGUGAGAGCGAUAUCGGCAGAAGCAGAUCCCUUGCUUGCCCUGUGCCGUAGUUGACUGCUGGCCAAAGAGAUGGAUGAGAAAGAAAAGAAACGGCAUCGCAUGAAACACAGCGGGCCAAAAGCUGGUAAGAAGAAGAAGCGCUAUUUGAAAGACCUCAACCUUGAAGAUGAGGAAAGUGCUCGGAAGAGAAACCCCAAGGCCUUUGCAGUCCAGUCCGCGGUGCGAAUGGCCAGAACGUUCCACAGGACUCAGGAUCUGAAGACAAAGAAGCAUCACAUUCCAGUGGUUGAUCGCACUCCCUUAGAGCCUCCACCAGUGGUGGUGGUAGUGGUUGGCCCUCCAAAGGUUGGGAAGAGCACCUUGAUCAAAUGUCUUAUUAAGAAUUUCACCAGGCAGAAGUUGGUUGAAAUUCGGGGCCCUGUGACAAUUGUUUCAGGUAAAAAGCGAAGACUGACCAUCAUUGAAUGUGGAUGUGAUAUUAAUAUGAUGAUUGACCUUGCUAAAGUUGCUGAUCUGGUAUUGAUGCUUAUUGAUGCCAGUUUUGGAUUUGAAAUGGAAACAUUUGAAUUCCUGAACAUUUGCCAGAUACAUGGCUUUCCAAAAAUCAUGGGUGUUCUUACCCACUUGGAUACCUUGAAGAAUAACAAACAGCUCAAGAAGACGAAAAAAAGAUUGAAACACAGAUUUUGGACUGAAGUUUAUCAGGGUGCCAAGCUGUUCUAUCUCUCUGGGACGGUACAUGGAGAAUAUCAGAAGCAGGAAAUCCACAACCUGGGGCGCUUUAUCUCAGUAAUGAAGUUCCGUCCUCUGACAUGGCAGACAUCUCAUCCAUAUGUUCUGGCAGACAGGAUGGAAGAUUUGACGAACCCAGAAGAUGUCCGGGUUAAUCCAAAGUGUGACAGGAGGGUUUCGCUGUAUGGCUACUUAAGAGGAGCGUACUUGAAAAACAAAAGCCAGAUACACAUACCAGGUGUAGGGGACUUCACGGUGAGCGAUGUCUCUUUCCUACCAGACCCGUGUGCCCUUCCUGAGCACCAAAAGAAGCGUUCCUUAAAUGAGAAGGAGAAGCUGAUAUACGCUCCGCUGUCGGGAGUUGGAGGAUUAGUGUAUGACAAAGAUGCUGUUUAUAUUGACCUGGGGGGGAGUCACACACGUCAAGAGCAAGAGGAGGAAGUGAGGCCAAAUCAUGAACUGGUCCAGAGCCUCAUCUCCACACACUCCACCAUUGAUUCCAAGAUGGCGUCCAGCAGAAUCUCUCUCUUCAUGGAUUCCAAACCUAUAGGGACUGAGGAUGUGGAAACUCAAAGGAUGUUCACAAUGCCUAAAGAAGAGAAGAAAAUGGACACAAACAAAGGGAGGAUACGCCGGAAGGCAGUGUUUGAAGACGAAGACAGGGACACUGAGGGGGAGGGGGAGGAUGAAGAUGAUGAUGAUGAAGAAGAAGAAGAAAUGUCUGUGGAUGAGAAUGGAGAAGAAAGUGAUACUAAGGAAGAGGAGAAGGUACAUUCACAACAAAGCAGUCAAGAGCUCCCAGAACAGGAACUGGUUCUGAGAACUUGCAAGCGCCUUACAAAAGAAAUGGAACAAGCGGUUCCAGGGGAGCUCCCAGCUUUUGCCGACAGCGACGAUGAUUUGGAGAUGAGCUCAGGGGAGGAAGGAGAAACUGUCCUUGACAGGAGUCUGAAAGAUACAGAUGGAGAAGGACAAGCAAGUGAGCAGGAGGAGGCGGAGGAAGACAAGGAGGGUACUGAUUCUGAAUCAGCCAGAAACACAAAUCUGUUCAGUAGGCCCAGGUACCGUGAAACCAGCAAGAGAGAGAGAGAAUCGGGAAGCAAGAGAGACUGCCAGAAAAAGGUUGCUGCCGCUACAGAUUCUGGAAAUGUUACAGCAGAAGAAGCAUCAGCAUCUGAACUGGAAGAAUACUUCUCCUUGGAAGAGGAAGAGGGAUUGGUGGAAGACUCGGAUGCUGAGGAGUCCAGCGGAGAAGAUGCUGAGGAGUUCCACUUGCAGAGUGCUGGAAAUAAGAACCUCGAAUCAAAGUCAGUAAAGGAGGAGGACGGCAUUGAAAGUCUGUUGAAAGAGGAAGACGAGUAUAAAGAAGCAGCUGACUUUUCUGCAGACACUGCUGGUGCACUUAAAUGGAAAGAAGACCUUACUCAGAAAGCAGCAGAAGCUUUUCUAAGGCAGCAGCAGUCAGCUCCCAAUCUCCGUAAACUUGUUUAUGGGGCAGUGGCUGAGGAUGAGGAGGAUGAAGGUGAAGCAGGUGAAGAGCUCGGAGGGUUGUUCCGCGUCAGUCGUCCUGACAAGGAAUCAAAGCGAAAAGCUGAUGCCCUUGACUGUUCCAAAUUCCCUGUAGAAGACCCCCAAAAUUGGGACUUAGAUGAGGUUAUGGACAGUAUCCGGGACUGCUUUGUGACAGGAAACUGGGAAGCUGAUAAAGAUGCAGCAAAACUGUUGAAAGACGAUGAAGAACUAUAUGGUGAUUUUGAAGACCUGGAAACGGGAACUGUGCACAAAGGCAGAGGAACUGAUCAAGAAGAUGAGGCAGCAAGGAAAGAGGAGAAGGAGGGCAGCGAGGGAAAAGGUGGCGAGGAAGACAAGGAGAAGCAGCAGCGUUUGGCGAAGAAACGAAAACUGAAGGAGAUGUUUGAUGCGGAGUACGAUGACGGGGACGCCACUUACUUUGACGAUCUGAAAGGAGAGAUGCUGAAACAGGCGCGGCUUAACCAGGCUGAAUUUGAGGACCAAGAUGACGAGACCAGAGUGCAGUAUGAGGGCUUCCGGCCUGGAAUGUAUGUCCGGAUCGAAAUUGAAAAUGCCCCCUGUGAACUGGUGCUGAAUUUUGAUCCCCACUAUCCAGUUGUCUUAGGUGGCCUGGGAAACACUGAGGGAAAUGUGGGGUACGUGCAGAUGCGCCUGAAGAAGCAUCGCUGGUAUAAGAAGAUCCUGAAGACUCGCGACCCUUUAAUUCUCUCGCUGGGCUGGAGAAGGUUUCAGACUAUCCCCAUGUAUUACAUUGAAGACCAUAACGGUCGCCACAGGCUGCUCAAGUAUACGCCACAGCAUAUGCAUUGCGGAGCAUCUUUCUGGGGUCCCAUCACUCCACAAGGGACAGGAUGUUUGGCUGUCCAGUCAGUCAGUGGUGCAACACCUGAUUUCCGGAUAGCUGCUACCGGAGUUGUGCUUGACUUAGAUAAGUCAAUAAGAAUUGUGAAGAAAUUAAAGCUGACCGGCUUCCCAUUCAAAAUUUACAAGAAUACAGCGUUUAUCAAGGGGAUGUUUAACUCUGUCCUGGAAGUGGUCAAGUUCGAAGGUGCAGCCAUUCGUACUGUGAGUGGAAUUCGAGGGCAGAUCAAGAAGGCCCUGCGAGCACCCGAGGGGGCUUUCAGGGCCACGUUUGAAGACAAGCUACUGAUGAGCGAUAUUGUCUUUAUGCGGACUUGGUACCCUGUAUCCAUCCCAGCUUUCUAUAAUCCCGUAACUUCCUUGCUGAGGCCUGUGGGUGAAAAAGGUUCUUGGACUGGAAUGAAGACAACAGGCCAGUUAAGGCACGAGAAGGGCAUCAGGCUGAAACGAAACAAAGAUUCCACAUACAAGGAAAUAGUGCGAGAGAAGAAGCAUUUCAAUAAACUGCAUAUCCCCAAAGCCCUUCAAAAGGCCCUGCCGUUCAAGAACAAACCUAAGAAUCAGGAGAAAAGAGCCAAGGUCACAAAGGACAAGUGGAGACCCACCAUCAUCAGGGAGCCUCAUGAAAAGAAGAUUGCAGCUCUUCUCUCGGCUUUGGGUACGGUGCACAGCUACAAGCUGAAACAAGCCAAAAUGAAACAUCGCCAGCAGCUCAAAGAACACCUUAAAGGGAAGCAGAAAGAAGAGGAAGCAAAACUCAAGAGGCAGAAAGAAGCAAAGAAGAAACUCUUCCGUAUCCUCGGACAGAAGGAGAAGAAGAGGCAGAAGUCGAGCCUGAAGGGAUCUGCAGAAAAAGAGAAGUGAGUUUCUAGCAGCUCUCUGCAGGAAGCAAGAAAGCGCCCUACUCUAGAAUGCCUGAAGCAGCGGAAAGAAACCCCAGAAUGGUGUCUUGGACUCCAGUGAAUUUGCCCGGAAGGCAAGCAAGGCGAGGGCCAAAUGUCACCUGAGAAUGCAGAGAACAGUUUGCUUGAGGAACUCAAGCGAGGACAUUUUGCACAGUGGAGGAUCAAAAUAUCUAUUAAAGUUUUUUAAUACUGAGUGUUGAAUGGGAUUCUCUGAUGAUUUUCAUAUGAAAAUAAUCUUUGAGAAGGAUUUUUUUGCUGUCCUGUAUAAGAAACAAGCUUCAUUUUGUAAAUAUGCGUCUAAUGUGGACAUUUGAGUAACAAGGUCCAUAGAAGAUCUGGCAAGUGGCCCGUGCACUGAGCCCGCCUGGCGGGGAGGGCGGACUAAAAAUCUAAUAUAAUAAAUAA